AUGGUGAUCAACCUCUGCAAGGAGCUCAUCGUCAGCAGCGACAAGACCAUCGACGGGCGCGGCGCGCAGGUGCACGUCACGGGCGCGCAGAUCACGCUGCAGAACGUGCACAACGUGAUCCUCCACAUCCACGACGCCGUCCCGCGCGGCGGUGGCGUGAUCAGGGACUCUAAGCACCACUCGGGGGUCCGCGGGGAGAGCGACGGCGGCGGCAUCUCCGUGAUGGGGUCCAGUGACAUCUGGAUCGACCACGUGUCCAUGCGCAGCUGCGCCGACGUGCUGGUGGACGUGGUGGAUGGCUCCACCGCCGUGACCAUCUCCAACGGCCACUUCACCAAGCACGACCACGUGAUGCUGUUCGGGGCCAGCGACAGCGCCGCCAAGGACAAGAUGAUGCAGGUGACCGUGGCGUUCAACCACUUCGGCAAGGGGCUGGUGCAGCGGAUGCCGAGGUGCCGCUACGGCUUCUUCUACGUGGUGAACAACGACUACACGCACUGGCUCGUGUACGCCAUCGGCGGCAGCCAGAACCCCACCAUCAUCAGCCAGGGGAACCGCUUCCGCGCCGUCGACGACAGGAACUUCAAGGAGGUGACCUAG